AUGCAGUCGAAAAUUUCAACAUUAAAGAAUCGACCUUAUUGUUGCGUCACCGAUUUUGGCGAAAUGGCUGACAAAGUUGUCCCUGUUGUUCGAGCUGAAGAUGAGGAAGUUGAAGAAGAAGAAUUAGUGGAUCCUCAGGUCCAAUUAAGGGAGGAAUGCCACGAAAAACCAGACAUUCAAACAUUCUGGUCUAAAUACCAACAGUGCAACGACCGAGUCAACUCCCGUUCAAACACAACAGAGACAUGUGAGGAAGAACUCAUUGACUAUGUUCACGUCCUCGAUAAGUGUGUCAACAAAGACCUCUUCAAGAGGUUAAAGUAA